AUGGUUGAUCGGGGAGAUGCACAGUCUGUCCAGCUAAUAACAUUUGGUAAAAGAAAUCCUCCUGAAAACUUUCCAAAAAAUCAGGGUGAAAACAGGAUCUCUAAUUCAUGGCAGAAGUCACCACUUUUCAGAAAUGGAUCUAGCGAAAGCAGCAAUAUGGCAGAGCGGGAGCGCUUCUUGCCUCCCGUCAAACUUGACCCAGGCUGGGAUAGUGUUGCCAAUGCUGCAGCUAUUAAAAGGAUUACCACUGCCCAGCGUAUUGAGGAAAUGGAAAAGAAUCCCCCCAGAGACAGAUGUAACCUGGUGUACCUGAUAAUGAUGACACAUGGCAUCGCUGUCCUUAUACCUUGGAACAUGUUCAUCAAUGCCAAAUCAUAUUUUGAGAAUUACAAACUGGAACAGGGCAACAUGUCCUCCCCUGCACUUCUUGACUACAAGACAAACUUCAUGACUUACAUUGGCAUGGCUUCCCAGUAUCCAAAUUUCAUCAUGAACCUUGUCAAUCUGUUUGUACAGUGCAAGGGGAACACUCUGGGGGUGCGCAUUUUAUCUGGCAUCAUUAUAAUGGUUGUCAUGUUUAUCCUGACAGUGGUUCUGGCUGUCAUUGAUACGUCAGCUUGGGCAGAAAUCUUUUUCUGGAUGACAAUGGCUACCGCAGUUGUGGUAAAUGCUGCUGUGGGGUUGUAUCAGAACAGCAUUUUUGGGCUUAGUGCUGUCUUACCAAUGAAGUACACAAAUGCUAUCCUCUUUGGGAAUAAUAUCUCUGGAACACUGGUGGCAGUUACCAACAUUAUCGUGUUAUUGUUGUCCCCCAGCAAGAAAACCUCAGCCAUUUACUACUUUGUCACAGCUAUUGUUAUUCUCAUGGUGGCCUUUGAUGCUUACUUCAUUACCUCUCACUGUAAAUUUUAUUCUCACUAUCAGGAAUUGGCACAACUAAAAAAACAGGAAUACCAGGAAAAUGCUGUUAGUGUUGAGCCAUUUUAUAAACUUCUCUUCAGGAGUUUUGGCCGGGUGUUCAAACAGAUUUAUCACUUGCUUUUUGGAGUGUGGUUCACAUUUUUUAUAAGCCUGGCUUUGUUUCCUGCAGUAAUGAGUGAUGUUGAACCAGUGACCAUUCCUAUGAGCACUGAAUACUGGAAUGCAGUGUUUUGCUUCCUGUGUUUCAACUUGUUUGCCACGCUGGGUACCCUGACCACUGAGUUCAUCAAAUGGCCAAAUGCAAGAUGGGUAAAUGUUUUGGUGAUUCUACGUGCUGGUUUUGUUCCCUUGAUGGUGCUGGGCAAUUUUCGACCCAAGUUGCGAACACUUCCUGUGUACAUUCCAUAUGAUGGAGUGUUCAUUGCCACAGCCAUCCUCUUCUCUUUCACCAGUGGCUACUGUAGCAGCUUGGUCAUGAUGUAUGCUCCCAAGUGUGUGUUGCCAAAUGAUUCACCAAUUGCAGGCAUGACCAUGGCUCUGUUCCUGGUUUUUGGAAUUCUCUGUGGCAUCAACUUCUCCAGGGUUUGGGGUCUUGUCAUCGGAUCAGAGUCAUUGUGA